AUUGAGGGUAGUCUCGUCAUUUCAUAAAUCAGCACUCUCCCGAGGAGAAUUCGAAAUUUCGCACCGGCUAUGACCGGUUGCGGAGCCGUACGUUAAAAAAGAAGACAGGUCGUUUAUCUCGGCAGUUGUAAAGCACACAGUGAGCGAGUGUUUUAGCUCUGCUUUGCGCUCUUUCUCGCAUGCUUGGAAACGGCUCUAUUCUCGGGAAAAAUCCAAGAAACCCUCGCCUUAUCGUCUCCUCCAUUAUCGCAGAACCCAACUCCCUGAGCUCAAUUCUCUUAGAUCCGUGGCUUUUUUCGCGAAUUGGAGUUCGAAAUCUGGUCUUUCAUGGCGGAAAACCCCAAUGUCGAGCUCGCCGAAGCACAAAUCGGCGGCAUUUCGUGUGAUCCCGUGUUAUGUGGCUUUUACCUCCAUUGAUCGAACCAGUGCCUAGUGGUAUCUUGCAAUCCACUAUUUUUUUUAUUGGAUUUGGGCUUCUUCAUUUUGUGAUUCUUGGUAAUUUGGUUCGAUCAGCGCUCAUGGACUGGUUUUUGAUGGUUAGAAUAGAAUGAGAUCUAUGGCCUUGCGGGAAUCGUGAAAUGAGGAAUCGAAGAUUGAACUUUUCUCCGAUAUGAUUGCAUUGCAUUUCCAUCUAGAGUUGUAACUGGAGCUUAGGUGUUGGUUUUCUUGCCGUUUUUUCUUUUAUUUAUUUUACUUUGAUCUCAAGGGAAGAAAGUUUCAUUGCUAGACUGUCCGGAGAACAGAGAUCUCAGUUCAGGUAGAUCAUGGAGGCUGAGUUGUGUUCGUGUCGAACUCUUUCGUCAACUCGGGAAGAAAGUGGAGAUGAGGAGCUUUCUGUGCUCCCUAGGCAUACAAAGGUCAUUGUUACGGGGAACAACAGAACAAAGUCUGUUUUGGUGGGACUGCAAGGUGUUGUCAAGAAGGCUGUUGGUCUUGGUGGCUGGCAUUGGCUGGUCCUUAAGAAUGGGGUAGAGGUGAAGUUGCAGAGGAAUGCUUUGAGCGUGCUGGAAGCUCCAACUGGAAAUGAGGAAGAUGAUGAUGAAAUUUACUGCAAUAACUCAAUCUGUAGUAGCUCUGACAUGGGAGAGAAAGAUGUUGAUUACUCUAGCAUCGAGCUCCAUAAACCAACAAAACGAAGGGUUAGGCAUACAAGACCCUGGGCAUCCUCAGUCAAGGCAAUGAGUCGAACUAGCUACAGAGAUACAAAAGCUCAUAUCUUUAAGCAUCAAAAGAGGGUUAAUUUGGCAAAACUUGAAACUGCCACUUUAUGGAGAUACUGGAAGCAUUUCAAUCUGGUCAGCACUAAUCCCAAUCCAUCUAAGGAGCAACUGGUUCAUGGAGUGCAGCAUCAUUUCCUCUCUCAGCAAGUGGAUGAGAUGCAGGUGAUUGUGGGCUUUAUCCAAACUGCGAGGAGGUUGAAAACUCUCCACUCUUGACAGGAAACAGAUGAGAGGUAGUAUUUUGUACAUGAAUAGGUGGAAGUAAGAAUGAUACAGCUUCUGCCUGUAUGCUUUGUGAAGGUAUCGAGGAUCCCGUGUGGGACGCCGUUUCUUUGUCUAAGAACAAUCCCACAAUGUAAUUUACUGAUCUUUUUCAGGUAGGAAGUAGUGAAGUUUAUAACUUAUUAUCAUUAGGUAAGACUGUCAAUCAAAGACUGCUGAGCUGAUAAGUAACCUCACCAUAGAAAAGAGCAAAGCUCUAGCUUUGCCCACCAGAAAACCGGUAGUAGGCUGAUUAGCCCAAUGGCUGUUCAUUUCUUGUAUAUUAUAUGUUGGCUUGAAAACUGGACCAUCAGACUAGUGCAGCGCAGUUGAAAAAAGCAGUUUGUGAGCAGCUCAUGUUUGGCUUGCAAUUUGACUUGAUAAAGACGUCUCAUCUUAUAUUUGGAAUGUUUAAGCCAAGUCUGAGAGUGCUCCUCCUGCUUAUGUUGGAUCCAGUAAGGAAGAAAUAUAAGUAAACAAUAUAUUAUAUGUCAA